AUGUGGAGUCCAAUCGAAGCAUUGAAAUUUAUAGCCUUGAUGCUGAUCCUGCAGGAGACGGAAGGCAUUUUCAAGUAUAAAAAUAUCAAGUGCAAGUGCUAUGAGAAAUCGUUUUGCGAGUUCACGACAUGUGAGCUCAAGAUACUGGGCCGAGGCAUUGUGGGGCUCAAUAUGCAUGCGCAAAUGAAUCAGCUGCCCAUCACCAGAAUAAAGGCUCAGGUGACUACGUUCCGACGAUUCAGCGGAUAUCGACCAUUUCUGUACAACGUCACUGUGGAUUUUUGCGGCUUCAUGAAAAACCCAAAACGCUAUCCGUUCUUCUUCAUGGUGCACGAUGCCAUACGAAAUUUUAGCAACUUUAAUCACAGCUGUCCAUAUAAUCAUGAUAUCAUUAUCAAUCGAAUGGUGCUCACUGAUGAAAUGAUCAGUAAAAUACCAGUGCCGAGUGGAUACUACAAGCUAUUGAUCAGUAUGGCCUCCGAAGGCAUUUGGCGCGGCGAAGUUGAGGCGUACCUGGAGGUCAAUGUGGGCUACGAUCGCUGA